CCUGUCAGGCGCCGCCAUUGUUCCACCGGUAAGACCCAGGUGUGGGUCCCCGGCGCCAUGAGCAAACGCAAGGCGCCGCAGGAGACCCUCAACGGCGGCAUCACGGACAUGCUCGUAGAACUCGCAAACUUUGAGAAGAACGUGAGCCAGGCGAUCCACAAGUACAAUGCGUACAGAAAAGCAGCAUCCGUGAUAGCUAAGUACCCACACAAAAUCAAGAGUGGAGCAGAAGCCAAGAAAUUGCCAGGAGUAGGAACAAAAAUUGCUGAAAAGAUUGAUGAAUUUUUAGCAACUGGAAAAUUGCGUAAACUGGAAAAGAUUCGUCAAGAUGAUACAAGUUCAUCCAUCAAUUUCCUGACUCGAGUUACUGGCAUUGGGCCAUCUGCUGCAAGGAAGUUUGUAGAUGAAGGAAUUAAGACAUUAGAAGAUCUCAGGAAAAAUGAAGAUAAAUUGAACCAUCAUCAACGAAUUGGACUGAAAUACUUUGAGGACUUUGAAAAGAGAAUUCCUCGUGAGGAGAUGCUGCAGAUGCAGGAUAUUGUACUUAAUGAAAUUAAAAAAGUGGAUUCUGAGUACAUUGCUACAGUCUGUGGCAGUUUCAGAAGAGGGGCAGAGUCCAGUGGAGACAUGGAUGUUCUGCUGACUCACCCAAACUUCACAUCAGAAUCAAGCAAACAGCCAAAGUUGUUACAUCGUGUUGUGGAACAGUUACAAAAAGUCCAUUUCAUUACAGAUACUCUGUCAAAGGGUGAAACAAAGUUCAUGGGUGUUUGCCAGCUUCCCAGUGAGAAGGAUGGAAAGGAAUAUCCACACAGGAGAAUCGAUAUCAGGUUGAUCCCCAAAGAUCAGUACUACUGUGGUGUUCUCUACUUCACUGGGAGUGACAUCUUUAAUAAGAACAUGAGAGCGCACGCCCUGGAAAAGGGCUUCACAAUCAAUGAGUACACCAUCCGCCCCCUGGGGGUCACUGGAGUCGCUGGGGAGCCCCUCCCUGUGGACAGCGAGCAGGACAUUUUUGAUUACAUCCAAUGGCGCUACCGGGAGCCCAAGGAUAGAAGUGAAUGAUGUCCCUCCCGCCCCAGGCACAGCCCACUAGGAGUCCUAAUUUAUUUCUUAACCUUUGCUAUGUAAGGGUUUUUGGUGUUUUUAAGUGAUUGCUUCUUCUCUGUGCUUACCAUGUACUAUAGUCAAUAAACUUCUUAAGCUAUUACUGAAUA